UUGAGACCUCGUAAAUUAAAAUAAUUGUAGUAAAAUUUUCUUUAAAGUUCCACUGUCUCAUGCCCCAAACAAAUUCAAAAUCAAUUGGUUACAGAAACACUUGAAAAUGUAAAAAACGUUUAACACAAAUUCAGUUUAAGUUCAGCUAGCAACAUAAAAGAAUGAAGUUUACUCUUGUUUUUGUGACUUUAUUAUUUUUAUCUUUUUGUCAAUCGCAAGAUUAUGAUAUAUAUUUUUCAUCAUCCGUAUCGGAAAUGGUUUAUUUGCAACGUUUAAAAUAUUUACUUAUUUCCGAUUUGGAAAUUUAUGCCAGAGAAAUGAAAAGUAAAUUAGAAAUUGUGAAGAAAGCCAUCAAUUAUUUGGAAAUUAAAGUGAAACGUUUAGAGGUAAAUGUAAAGAAUGAAGAAUAUCAUGAGAUCAAUCAUUUUUCAAGUCUAAGAAGCCAACAUUUCGAUUGGUCCCAGUGGAUAAGUUUUAUGACAAAAGAUGUGGCAACAGAUGCUCAAAAACAUAUUCAAGAAAUGCGCCCAAAUUUGCCCAUACCUGAGGAUUUUAAUGAUGCCUUGGGCAGUGUGUUACUUCUUUUGGAUGUUUAUCUAAUUGAGCCAAAAGAUUUUGCCAAAGGAUUGCUCAAUGGCAAACAGUACAACUCUAGUCUUAAUCCUUUGGACCUGUAUGCACUGGGUCAAUAUGCUUUCAAAAACAAAUAUUAUAAGGAUGCAAAUAAUUGGUUGUACUUAACCUGUGUCUACUUUAUGAAUGCGGAAGAUUACCAGAUAAAUUACUAUAGGUUUUUGGGCUUACAGGAAAUGGAAUUGUCACAGAUUUAUGCCAUGAGUCUACUUAAAAUUAAUAAUAAAUUCUUAGCUUGGAUUGUCGUGGAAGAAGGUCUAUGGCAUGCACCUCAUUAUCUCAAAAUGAAGCUAAUCGAAAAAGAUUUCUACAAAUUGACGAAACCGGAAAAGUCCGUUAAAAGAACAUAUUUGUCAAACUUUAAGAACUGUUGCCGUGGCGAAUACGAACAUCCAAAAGGAUUGAGUUGUUACUAUGAUUCGAAAGACGAACCCUUCCUAUUCUUAGCUCCUUUUAAGGUUGAAAUUUUGAACAAUUUACCAUUUGUGGCAAUCUAUCAUGACGUUCUAUAUGAUCGCGAAAUCGAGGAACUUAAACGUUUAGCUGUCCCUACGAUAACACGUAGCACCAUCUAUGAUUACGAUAAGGAAGGAAAUGUCCCCGUGAAUUUUCGUACUUCCAACAGUGUUUUUUUAUUGAAUAAUGCCAGCUAUUUGGUGGAUAUUUUAAGACAACGUGUAGCAGAUAUGACACAUCUAAAUGUCUUUAAAAAUAGUUCAGAUGAUUUGCAGGUAAUGAAUUAUGGUUUAGGUGGUUACUAUAGGUACCAUUUUGAUUUCUUCGGAAAAGAUGAAAGCCCCAACAAACUUCUUGGCGAUAGAAUCAUUACAGUCCUCAUUUACAUGACAGAUGUACAACAAGGAGGAGCCACUGUUUUUCCAGCUCUUCGAAUUACGAAUUUUCCAAAGAAAGGCUCGGCAUUGAUCUUUCGCAAUUUGGAUAAUAAUAUUUCUCCCGAUCCCAGCACAUUACAUGCUGGUUGUCCUGUGCUCUUUGGCAGUAAAUGGGCGGCAACAAAAUGGAUUUACAGCGCAGAGCAAAUGUUCCGUAAGCCCUGUUUGCCGCAAAAUGAACUAAGACCUUACGAUACGCACGUCAUAGAGUUUGUUAAUAAAAUUUUAGGUCUAUAAAGCGCGUACAUUUAUUAACUUUAAAAGUACAAAAAAAAUAAUAAUUAAAAAAUUUAAAUACGUUA